CUCAGGAAUUCAGGAAGUUAGUUUUGUGCAACCAGUGGAACUAAAGCCAGAGUUGCAAAGGAGAGCUGAGCAGGGUGGGUCUUCAGCUUCCAUGGCCUCACGUCCUGACCUUUCACACCUUCUCCCCGCUGCCCAGUUGCGCCAACUGGCCCGUGAGUGGCUGCAAGAAGAUGCUCCUAGCUUUGACUAUGGAGGCUACGCUGUGGGCGAUCGACAGGAACGAGCCAUGCUCCUUUGCAAGUCUCCAGGAAUUCUGGCUGGCUUUCCUUUCUUCCAAGCUGUCUUUGCUGAGGUGGGCUGCUCCGUGGAGUGGUUCCAACCAGAGGGAGUAUGGGUAGAACCGAUUACCCGGGUGGCUGAAGUCCGUGGGCAAGCCAAAGACCUCUUACUUGGUGAGCGGGUGGCUCUGAACUGCAUGGGACGGUGCAGCGGUAUCGCCACGCUGGCAACAAAGGCAUGUCGGGUAGCACAAGAAACUGGCUGGCAUGGAGAAGUGGCUGGAACAAGAAAGACCACACCUGGAUUCCGUCUCCCUGAGAAAUAUGCCCUCCUAGUGGGAGGAGCGUCCUGCCACCGUUAUGAUCUGGGAAGUCUCAUCAUGUUGAAGGAUAACCACGUGUGGGCUUCUGGCAGCAUCACACAAGCUGUCCAGAAUGCCCGCCGCGUUGGAAGCUUUGCCCUGAAGAUAGAAGUUGAGUGUCGCUCACUAGAAGAGGCUGUUGAAGCAGCAGAAUGUGGGGCCGAUAUUGUCAUGUUGGACAAUUUUACUCCUGAGGAUCUGCAUCCGACAGCCAGCACUUUGAAGGCCUCCUUUCCUCAUGUGACGAUAGAAGCCAGUGGAGGAAUUACCGAGGAAAGCCUGGCUAAGUUUGUGGGGCCCAAUAUUGACGUGGUCUCACUUGGUUGCCUCACCCAAUCAGCCACAGUUGUAGAUUUCUCCCUCAAGCUCUGCCGAGACCCAGCCUCCAAGCCGCCUGUGAGGAAUUUUGACUUCUGAAGAUGGGGGAGCUGGACUAUGCAUUCAUCUGUUACAUGCCAGUCAAGUGUCAAAUUGGAGAUUAGUGGAAUUUAUUCCACACAACAUUUGCUAGGUUCAGACCUGGAAAUCUUGCCUGUGGUGAAAAGAAUGAAAUGGGAGGUGGUGCAGUGUUCCCUCUAAGCUGCAUUAGUGUGAGCUAGCUCAGGUUUUUUUAGCCUCCGGCUGACACAUUUUUGUUUUAGCUCAGGAAGGAUGGCCCGAGCAAAGUAAUUUAUGUUGUAGCUCACAACUUUAAUACCAGUAAAAAAAAAAAGGUAGUCCCCUAUGCAAGCACCAGUCGUUUCCGACUCUGGGGUGACGUUGCUUUCACAACAUUUUCACGGCAAGCAUUUUAUGGGGUGGUUUGCCAUUGCCUUCCCCAGUCAUCUACACUUUCCCCUCAGCAAGCCGGGUACACAUUUUACCGACUUCGGAAGGAUGGAAGGCUGAGUCAACCUGAGCCAGCUACCUGAACCAGCUUCUGCUGGGAUCAAACUCAGUGAGCAGGGGGCUUUGACUGCAGUACUGCAGCUUUACCACUCUGCGCCACGGGGCUCUGUAGCAAGGGCUUUUUUUGUAGAAAAAGCCCAGCAGCAAUCAUUUGCAUAUUAGGCCACACACCCUGACUCCAAGCCAACCAGAACUGUGUUCCUGCUCAAAAAAAGCCAUGCCAGUUUACUGCUUGCCAUAAUAAUUCUAGUUGUAUUAGCUCAAAAAAUGGCAUGUAACUCUUGCUUGUUGUAGCAAGUGGGACCUGCCUAGUGUGGGAUGCAGAGCUGGAGAAGGAAGCAGUGGAAAAGGCACAGGGGCUGCAUCUGUUGUGAUUUCAGACCUUCUAAAGCAGUUGACAUAAUCUCUAGGGUUAUCACCUGGCAAAAUGACUAAAAAUGUCUGUAAUGUUUUUCUUUUGUGUUUCCUCCACUUCUGCUGCAGACAGGUUAGGUGGCAAGCAAGUAGAACAGCCAUCUUUUAAAAAGUCUCUUCAGCAAAAAUUGGCGCCCCUCCCCAGGACCAUCUAAGAUCUGUUUUUUCUUUUUUAAACUGUACAGCUGAAGCAAUGGAAGAAAUAGAUUGUAAAUGAGUUAAAACAAUAACUGGGGAAAAUUGGAGAGUGGGGGGGAAGCAGAGAUCCGUAGAGAAUUGUGGGAAGGGAGAUUAUUUGGAAAUUCCAGCUCACCCUGAAAUCUCCAGGAUUUACUACUCUUUCAUUCUUUGGAGCAGGCUUUAUUUUCCGUCAUCGGUUUUCACUUUUAAUGGUUUCUCAGUUGCUCUCAAUGUUUCGUGCCUCAUAGAGCACACUUAAAACUCAACAGCCCAUUUAUUUUGCCGGGAUUUGAGUGUAUUCAUUUUGCUUUCGCUUCUUUUGUGUAGCCAUCUUUUUUCUGAUGCUUGACAAGGCGCCAGAAUGUGCAGAAAUCCUUACCUUAUCCACGGGUGGACCAGUAUUGCUGUCUUUCUGAUAGUCAUGAGUCAGUCACUUUACCGUUAGAUACAUGUUUUACUGCUAGAUGUAUGUUGCUUUUCAAGCUGAGAGAAGACAGACAGAAGACUGUAACAACAGGAGCAUUAGAAACAGAGAUGUCCGCAUCUUUAUUAAGACGUUUCACAGAGGAAGAUCCCGGUCAAGUUAAGACUGGUAGAGGUGCACAGGGUUUGGUGUUGGAGGGGUGUAAUUUUCCUCCCCCAAUAAUAAUAAUAAAUAAUUGAUUGACAU